AUGGACGGCACCAAGCCCAUUCGCACCGCCGGGCCCACGGUCGGGGUCCGAUCCCCCUUAUCAAACCGCUCGAACCUCAACGUCAGCCGCCGCUGGGACCACAAGGACUCGUCGGAAAGCCAACCAAGCACGCAUGACUCUCUCUACGAUGCCGCCCCGGUAUCGCCCCCGACCAGCGACUGCGCGAAAUCGCCCUACCAGACCCCCUUCCCGAGACCAUCACCCUCCCCAGAAACCUCCCCAGAAGCCUCUCCAUCGCGUCUUGUCGAUCUGAACUCGGAAUCGCCGCUGUCCCGCCUUGAAACGCCCUUUCUGUACGGCUAUGGCACCGAGCUAGCCCCAAUCAUCGAGCAGCGUAGCAGCAUCGCGACGCUACGCACCGGCAGCCUCUCGACGUCGGACCUGUCGUCCCUCAUGCACGGCGCACCGCCUAGUGCCGCAGACAGCACGACACCCCUCCGCCAACAUCACAACCUGCGCCGUCAGCGCUCCUUCAGCCUUGACGACCUCACGCUUCCCGCCAUGAACGGCAAGACCCGAAUCCGCAUACCCAGCAAGAGACAGGGGGAACCCCGCCUUAGCUCGCUGAUAUACUCGAAGCCCGCAGUCGAGGUCACUGACGUCCACGCCUACCCGCAGAAGCCUGUAUAUCCGGCCCACAAAGCGCCACGAACUCCUCCUAGCUUCGCGGAAUGGAUAGUGGAACAGCAGCGACAGCAGCAGAGCAGUGGCGCAGAUGAGCUGGCGCAGACGUCUGUAUCGUACGAUAUGGGUAUGCCGGCGUUCCGUGGCCCGCGAAGUGGUCAUGGGAAUUUGAGUGCGCAUCCUUUUAUGCGCCGGGAAGGCGAGGGCGGCCACCGUGUUACCCCUGGACCAGCAGAUGCGCCGCCAUCGUCCGGGGUACCCGAGACGAGUACCGAUCGCGUCGGCGACGGCCAGGAUGGUGGUGCCCGACUUCGCAGAGGCCGAGCGCGGGGACGAGACCAAGAUCUGGCGCAGCAUCCGACUGACGUGUGGACUUGCAAGACGUGCCAGCGUCCCAGGAACGACUGGUGGAGCCUGAGUUCGAGCAUUGCCGGACAUGGACCAGGCGCGAGACGGGGAAAAGACUGGUGUACACGUUGUGCGAUCCGGCGCUUCUGUCGUGUCUGGUGUUGCAAGAUCAAGUGA